AUGUCUGCUGCCCCGUCCAAGUCGUCUCGUGCGAUCGUGGGCUAUGCUGUGUUGACCAUGGACUGGCAUGACUUCUGUGCCAAGCUUCGUCAGGAUGACGGCUAUGUCUCCUUGCAAGGUCAAUGCCAUGACUACCCGGAAAAGGCCAUCCAUGAGUAUGCCAAGCUGGACCAGAGAAGGCGGCUUUCGUUAGCUUGGUCGGAUCCGGACUCACUGGAAAAGCCAUUGUCAAAAAAGCAGCGGCUGCAGAAAAGCACGCGAACUGAGUACAGGAUCUUGAGGUUGUCUUUUCCGGCUGAGGAGUUCCAGCAAAAGGUUUCCUCGGGAGCCAUCAAGCUGGUUCAGAGUCAAAACGCGUUUGAGUUCAAUCUCACGGUCGACAAAUUUGCACAGCCCGUCUGUGAUUGGGACACGGUGACCAUCGACAAGGUCAGCCUCAUGUUCAAGUGCACAGACGAGUGCCCGUCAGGGUCGCCCGCCUUGCCUCUCCUGAGCUUCUACCAGAUUUCCUCGCCGCCGUUGCACUGCAGGCUGGUCAGUGUCAUCUUCAGAAAGGCGGGUCUGCCUGAUCCGCCUGGUCGCAAUUGGCAGCUCCGCGUCUACUUUGUCAACAAGGACACUCUGAGUCAUUUGGCCUGGCUUGCUGUCCCCUUCAGCAAAGAUGCGGUCGGGCUGGUGAAACACAGCGUGGAUAACAUGCCGAACAACUGGACCUUUUACAACUUCAAGGAGUUCUGGCUGGCUCCCGAUGCUGACGACCAGACAGCUGACAGUGUCACGACCGCGAGAAUUCCGCAAUCGUCUUCACUUUCACUGUUUACAUCAGACUCAGUGUCAUUGCUGAAGCUGGAGCAGGAUCUGAGCGUCCAGUUCUGGACUGAAAAGGCGCGUGAGUACAAAGAAGAGAUGAUGGAGCAUGAAGCUAUGAAAGGCGAUGCCAAGCGCCGGUACCAGCAGGCAAUCGACAUGAUCGGCGCAAUGGACAAGCAGAAGAAGGCGAGGGUCGAAGGAUUCCUCAACAACAGCGUCACCCAGCAAUCCCCAGACCCGGGCUCAGACGGAGCGGAGUGA